CCGGCGGGGGAGGAAGCAAUGCAAGGAGAGGACACGGGGAAUUUAGGCUGUGUCCCGUAUUUGGAAUAAGCCAGAAGACUGAAAAAAGCAGCCUUCCCCUUGACGUUUAACGAGCUGCCGUGAAACCCUCACGAAUAACCCGCAUUUUCACGGGUUCAUUUUAAAACUGUCCUCCAAACUCCACAGACAGUCGGUUUGUGGACUAGAAUGGGAUUUAAAAAGCAGUGAGUUCGGGAAACAAGGAUAUAUUUCCCCACUUGGAUGUCGGGAUCUCUGUAAGCCGAUAGAGGAAGGCAUUUCUUCGGAAAGGUUUGCAAUUACGCGGCGAUUCCGAUGCAAAAAGAAGCAAUAAUGUUUUUAAGAGACGAUAAAAAGUGACGUUUAUUGCUGCUUCGCUGUUGGUUAGCUCCAGUGCUAAAGCUAGCAGGCUGCUAACUAAGCCUGUGUCGCCCUUCAUUCCUGGAGCAGAGGAGGGGCGCUGGGGCUUUGUAAGCAUUGCAGAUCUGCCCUGCAUUUUUUCGGCUCGCUGCAAGAAUGGAAAACGCCACAUAUUCGCUAAAACAACUCAGGGGGCUUUGUUGAAACGCGUUGAGUUUCCUUUUUAGGACUAUUUCCACUUGGGGAACAGCGAAAAACUGCCAAACCAACGCCACAAAAACCCACCCGGCCCAGGGCAGCAAGGGUCUCGGGCGAUGACCACUUCGUUUCGGGGGUAACAAAAUGGGAAAGUGUCGUAGUUCUCUUCAAUGACAAGUUGAGGGAGCUUGAACGCGCAGGCCACUCUACCCUAACUACAAGGCCGAGGAAGGAGCAAGUUGUAUCGGCCAUUCCCAACUCCUUUUUUUAUUCCUAAUUUUUUUUUAGAAUAAGUUCCAAAAAGCGGGAAUAACAAUGUCGGGAGAGGUGCGUUUGAAGAAGUUGGAGAAGCUAAUUUUGGACGGGCCAGUUCAGUCCAAUGGCCAGUGCCUCAGUGUUGAAACAUUGCUGGAUAUCCUGGUAUGCCUAUACGAUGAAUGCAACAACUCCCCACUCAGAAGAGAGAAGAAUAUCAUUGAGUUUUUGGAUUGGGCCAAGCCGUUCACGUCCAAGGUGAAGCAAAUGCGGCUGCACAAAGAGGACUUCGAGAUCCUGAAGGUGAUUGGACGAGGAGCUUUUGGAGAGGUGGCAGUUGUAAAAGUGAAACACACAGACAAGGUUUUUGCCAUGAAGAUCCUCAACAAGUGGGAGAUGCUGAAGCGAGCAGAGACGGCGUGUUUUCGAGAAGAGAGAGAUGUGUUGGUGAACGGGGACUGCCAGUGGAUCACAACUCUGCACUACGCCUUCCAGGAUGACAACAAUUUGUACCUGGUGAUGGACUACUACGUGGGUGGUGAUCUCCUGACUCUGCUCAGUAAAUUUGAGGACCGUCUUCCAGAGGAGAUGGCCAAGUUCUACCUAGCCGAGAUGGUGCUAGCUAUAGACUCUGUCCACCAGCUACACUAUGUCCACAGGGACAUUAAACCAGACAACAUCUUACUGGACAUGAACGGCCACAUCCGCCUGGCUGACUUUGGCUCCUGCCUCAAACUCAUGGAGGAUGGAACGGUCCAGUCUUCAGUUGCAGUAGGGACUCCAGACUACAUCUCCCCAGAAAUCCUUCAAGCUAUGGAGGACGGGAAGGGCAAGUACGGCCCCGAGUGUGACUGGUGGUCUCUGGGGGUCUGUAUGUACGAGAUGUUGUACGGAGAGACGCCCUUCUAUGCAGAAAGUCUGGUGGAGACCUAUGGGAAGAUCAUGAACCACAAGGAGCGGUUCCAGUUUCCUCAGCAGGUCACAGACGUGUCAGAAGAUGCUAAAGAUCUGAUCCGGCGCCUCAUCUGCAGCAGAGAGCACAGACUGGGACAGAACGGCAUCGAGGACUUCAAACAGCACCCCUUCUUCUCUGGCAUUGACUGGGACAACAUCCUCACCUGUGAGGCCCCCUACAUCCCUGAAGUCAGCAGCCCCACAGACACCUCCAACUUCGAUGUGGACGACGACUGCCUCAAAAACUCAGAAACCAUGCCUCCUCCAUCACACACUGCUUUCUCUGGUCACCACCUUCCGUUUGUGGGAUUUACCUACACAAGUAAAUGUAUUCUGUCUGAUCGGGGGUGCCUGAGACAGUUGGCAGGGGAGCCAGGUAAAGCGGGUCAUGAUAAAGUGGACCUGGAGGUGCAGCGUGGCCUAGAGGACAGUUUGGCAGUGGAGGCCUAUGAGCGGAGGAUCAGACGACUGGAGCAGGAAAAACUAGAACUCAGCCGCAAACUACAAGAAUCCACUCAGGCGGUACAGGCCUUACAGCACCCAUCUGGAGAGAGUCCCAUCAACCUCAACAAGGAAGUGGAGAUCAGGAGCCUGAAGAGUGAGAUCGACAUCCUCAAGAAGCAAAUAGCAGACUCAGGUCAGCUGGAGAAGCAGUUGGAGGACGUGACUUUGGCGCGCAGAGACUUGGAGGAUUCAUCCAAACACAUCAAAACUCUGGAGAAACAGAUGAGGAGCAUGACACAGGAGCGGGAUGACCUCCACAAGGACUUGAUAGACGCCAGUGAGAAGCUGAAGUUGCAGUCGAAGGAGCUGAAGGAGGCGCACACUCAGAGGAAAGUUGCCCUGAAGGAGUUUUCUGAACUCAACGAGAAACUGACCGACCUCAGGUCAGCCAAGCAGCGCCUGUCCCGUCAGCUGAGAGACAAAGAGGAGGAGAUCGAGAGUCAGACUCAGAAGGUGGAGGCUCUGAGGCUGGAGGUGCGAAAGGCUGAGAGAGCAAAGAAGGAGAUGGAGUCUCAGGCUGAGGAGCAAGCAGCAGAGGCCCAGAAAGAGCGAAAGCUGAGAGAGAGAAAUGAGCAGUACAGUCGUCAGCUGGAGGAGGAGCUGGAGGGGCUCAAAUUGAAGCAGCCUGGUCCCACUGUCACCUCGCCUUCGGCUGACCAAUCUCAGGAGGUGGGCCGUCUCCGUGGAGAUCUGGAGAAGAAGACUGUGCUUUUCGAGGAGGAGUUGUCACGCAGAGAAGCUCAGCACAGCUCUGAGAUCAAGGCCCUGAAGAAAGAGCUGAGAGAUGCAGAGAGUCAGCACCUGGCUCUGCAGAAGGAGAUCCUAAUGCUCAAAGACAAACUGGACAAGACCAGAAGAGAGAGCCAAUGCGAGCGAGAGGAGUUUGAGACAGAGUACAAGCAGAAAUAUGAGAGAGAGCGGGUGCUACUCAUGGAUGAAAACAAGAAGCUGUCCAGUGAACUAGAUAAGCUGACGACCAUGUUUGAGAAGCUGAACAGCUCAAACCGUCAGCUGGAGGACGAGAUGAGGGAGCUGGCCGAUAAGAAGGAGAGCGUGGCACACUGGGAGGCACAGAUCACUGAGAUCAUUCAAUGGGUGAGUGAUGAGAAGGAUGCUCGCGGUUACCUUCAGGCUCUGGCCACAAAGAUGACGGAGGAGCUGGAGGGACUGAGGAACACCAGUCUGGGAGCACGGGCCACGGACAUGCCUUGGAAGAUGCGUCGUUUUGCUAAGUUGGACAUGUCAGCGCGUUUGGAGCUGCAGUCGGCCCUGGACGCUGAGAUCAGAGCCAAACAGAGCAUCCAGGAUGAGCUGAACAAGAGCAAGGCUAACCACAUCUCCACUGAAUGUAAACUACAGGAGGUAGAGGCGAAGAAUCAGGAGCUCUUGGCUGAAAUCGAUCGCCUGAAGAAGGAAACAGAGGAGCUCCGGCUGCGCAGAGGCGUCAAGCACCAAGAUUCCCAGAAUUCCUUCCUGGCUUUUCUCAAUGCUCCCACCUCAGCCCUGGAUCAGUUUGAUCGCUCACCCUCCGUUGGCCCGGCUAAAGGCAGACGUGUGGACUCCAUGGAUAACUUCACUCCCUCCAACACUCCCUCCAGAGAAGAUGACCCCAAAGCCCUGCUCAAAAACCGCUCGCGAUCCCCCUCCAUGGCCAGUGAUAUGGAGCCUAUUGAGUUGAUAGACCACCCAGGCCGAACAGUCCAGACUCCCACCAUGAGGUCAGGAGGAUAUGGCAGCAUCGGACGCUCCUCUCCAAAGCCCAAAGCUCAUCAGUUUGUAGUGAAAACGUUCAACACCCCCACCAAGUGUAACCAGUGCACCUCCCUCAUGGUGGGGCUCAUACGCCAGGGUUGCACAUGUGAAGUGUGUAACUUCUCGUGUCAUGUGACAUGUGCGGACAAAGCUCCUGCCGUUUGCCCAGUGCCCCAGGACCAGACCAAGGGCCCUCUGGGGAUCGACCCACAGAGAGGCAUCGGCACAGCAUACGAGGGCACUGUCAGGGUUCCAAAGCCCACAGGGGUGAAAAAGGGCUGGCAGAGAGCGAUGGCUGUGGUCUGUGACUUUAAACUGUUUCUGUACGAGCUCGGAGAGGGCAAAGCUACACAGCCCAGUGUGGUGGUCAGCCAGGUCAUAGACAUGAGGGAUGAGGAGUUUUCAGUCAGUUCAGUCUUGGCUUCAGACGUCAUCCACGCCAGCCGCAAAGACAUCCCGUGUAUAUUCAGAGUCACAGCGUCUCAGCUCUCUCCCUCCAGCAGUAAUAAGACCUCCAUCCUGAUCCUGGCCGAUAGUGACCAGGAGAGGAACAAGUGGGUGGGCCUCCUCAACGAACUCCACCGAAUCCUCAAGAAGAACAAACUGAAGGAGCGCUUUGUGUACGUGCCCAAAGAGGCCUAUGACAGCACCCUGCCUCUAAUCAAGACCACCCAGUCCGCUGCCAUCAUAGAUCACGAGCGCGUUGCCCUGGGAAAUGAGGAAGGACUUUUUGUCGUCCAUGUCACCAAAGAUGAAAUCAUCCGUGUUGGGGACAAUAAGAAGGUGCACCACAUAGACCUGAUGGCGCAGGAGCAGCUGUUGGCCGUGAUCUCGGGGAGGAAUCGUCACGUUCGUCUGUUCCCCACACAGGCGUUAGACGGCCGCGAGACAGACUCGUUCAAACUGGCCGAGACCAAAGGCUGCACUAGCGUCGUGUCCGGACCAGUGCGCAACGGCGCCCUCACCUGUCUGUGUGUGGCCAUGAAGAGACAGAUCAUCUGCUACGAGGUGAAUAAGAGUAAAAUGCGUCACCGGCGUCUCCGGGAGCUGCAGGCCCCAGGGCAGGUGCAGUGGAUGGGGCUGCUCAGUGAGAGACUCUAUGUGGGAUACCAGUCUGGCUUCACCAGAUACAGUGUCCAUGGCGACGUGUCCCCGGUGAGUCUGUUGCAUCCAGAGGACCACACUCUGGCCUUCAUCCCUCAGCAGAGCCUGGACGCACUCUGUGCUGUGGAGAUCUCCAGUAAAGAGUUGCUUCUCUGCUUCAGCGCCAUUGGUGUUUACGUCGACUCACAGGGGCGUCGCUCACGGCAACAGGAGCUCAUGUGGCCCGCAGUGCCCAAUGCCGCCUGUUACAACGCCCCCUACCUGUCGGUGUACAGUGAGAAUGCGGUGGAUGUGUUUGAUGUGAACACCAUGGAGUGGAUCCAGACCAUCCCUCUAAAGAAGGUGCGUCCUCUGAAUGUGGACGGCUCUUUAAAUCUUUUGGGACUGGAAACAGUUCGCCUCAUCUACUUCAGAAACAAGAUGGCCGAGGGAGACGAGUUGGUGGUGCCUGAGACCUCUGACAACAGCAGGAAGCAGAUGGUGCGCAGCAUGAACAACAAGAGACGCUUCUCCUUCAGGGUCCCAGAGGAGGAGCGGCUUCAGCAGAGGAGAGAGAUGCUCCGAGACCCAGAGAUGAGGAACAAGCUCAUCUCAAACCCGACCAACUUUAACCACGUGGCUCACAUGGGACCAGGGGAUGGCAUCCAGAUCCUCAAAGACCUUCCCAUGAACGUGCGUGUCCAGGAGAACCGCGCGGGCUUCAGUGGCUCUGUCAGUAUUCCCUCCAUCACCAAGAACAGGGGCGAGCCGGGCCGGUCCAUGAGCGCCAGCAGCGGACUGGGCAUACGCUCCUCCUCUCAGAACGGCAGUGCUCUGCGGAGGGAGCUGUCCGGAGGCAGUUACGGCUCCAAGCGUCAGACCAUGACGUCGCCGUCCGAGAGCUCGCUGUCGUCGGGCGGGGGCAUGGACUGUGGAGACGCCCCCCUCUCACAGUUCGACCGCGAGUGGCAGGCUGUGUCGCCGUCGGAGAAGACCCCAGAUCUGAAAAGGGCUUUGCGGACACUUCUUAGUAAGAUGAAGGACUCCGACUCGCCGCGUCACUCCACGGCCUCCAACAGCUCCACGUUCAGCAGCCCCCCCAGCCCCGCCUCCCCCCACAAGACCAAGUCCCUGUCGCUGGAGAGCACGGACCGUAUGGGCUGGGACACAUGAGCCCGGGCGGGACCACUCACCCCCCCUUACGUCCCUUCCCACGAUAAUACAAACUGACCAAUCGACAGCACAGGACUCCGCCCCUCUCCACGCAGGACACGCCCCCCCCGUCCCCGCCACAUGCUCUCGGACCCCAGCACCACCUCACUGCCCAGAGAACUGCAGCCCAUUUAAGAACAUUGUCCUGUCUGUAAUGGAACGUGUGUCAGCGCUACGAUGUGUGCUAGCGCUACCUACUAUGCUAACACUAAGGCAUAUGCUAGUGCUAACGCGUAUGCUAGCGAUAAUGGCGUAUGCUAGGUGCAAAUGUGUGCGAGCAUGAGUUCUUCACUAAGGGCAAAUGAAAUAGGAAAUACUUGCUCCCCAUUCGGCUCUUUUUGGCUCAACAAAAAGAAGAGGAUUAUUCUAAAAAUAUUUGUACUUGUACAUAGGACCCUGUGGGUUUAUGGGGGAUGAUAUUUUAAUUUAUUUAUCAAUCUUAGACGAGGAAAUUGAGAGCGUAGUUUCAGCCCUGAAGCGCCUCUGUCCCUCACAUGCUUUCACCAUUCGACUUUUGAUUUGUGCAGUGACUUUAUAGUAUUUUAAUGAGAAAGUAGGCUUCUAUGACACCACCGCAGCUCGCCGUCUCCUGAUUGGUCCAGAUCGAGUGACAUCAUCAACGCUCCAUGUUGCUGUUAAACCAAACUGACAGUCACUAAUGUACAUAGAGUAGAGUAAUAUAUGAUAAGGAACAUACUAUAGACACAGGGAAGACAAAUACUCUCUUCUUUGAGUUUCUUUUGAGUGAUGUGGGGUUUUCACACAAAAGCCAUUUUAAAACCACUUUUUCUUUUUUUUACCGGUUGAUUUUAGAUUAUUUUUUUUUUAUCAUAUGUACGACACGUGUUGAGUGUGCUUUCUUUUAUUCCCCACUUUGGUUUGAUUUGAGUGUCUUUAUGAUUCCACACUACUGCUCGCGACGUAGCGUGAAAACGAAGCUGCCGCCACAAACUGACACUAGGUGGCGUUUUUAUGCAUCAGAUGCCUUGUUCCGGCUUCAGACAGGAGGCCAGUCAAUCAGACGUCACUGUGGUACCAACAUGGAAAAACAGAACUAUGGACACUUGUAUUGCAUCUUUCUACAGUGUAGCCUUUGCUUUACAGACUUGAUGUUUAAAUAAUGUGUUCAAAAAGAAGCUUCCUGUGAUUAAAAGAAUGUAAACACUAAAAAAGCUACAAGAAAAGUUAUAAAGGACAUCUAUAGAUUGGAUUGGGUCUAAUAUCCCAUGUCUACGGUGGCUCUGAAGGGUCAUUUCACUACACUAGCAAAUCAAAAUAUAUAGUGAAAUACAAAAUUAAUAGAAGGACAAAAGCAAAAUGUCAAAUGCUGCAACCAAUAUUGGAAUAAAAAUUGGAUAAAUACUGUAAAUCGUAAAAAUAAUAAUAAUAAUAAAUGCAAGAAUUUUAGUUAAAUUUUGGUCAAAUGAAAAUAUUGGUUUUAUUUAUCUUUGGCGUUUUGCAAGUUGCACUUCUGUUUUGUUUUUCUUUUAAUUUUACUAGUUUUAUCCAAUUCAAUUUCGUUUCUAGUUUUUUGCAUUUUUAUACUUUUUAUUUGCUUUUGUCCACAUAUAUUUUUGUAUUUCAUUAUUUUUCAUUUUACUUUUCAGCUGUUGUUUCUGUGUUGCAAUUCCUAUUGUCCCUUCAGGGCCACCAUACCUCUUUGUAUUUCCCAGCUGUUAAUCCUGUUAACUCCGCCUCCAUUUUAUAUAAGAUUUGUUACGCUUUUUACUGUUUAUUUGUGCUGCUGAGAUAAACUCAAGUUGUUUUACAUUGACAUUUUUUUCCAAUUUGAUCCGGUCAUUCCUACAGGUUUCCAAAGUUUCCUCAUUCCAAGUAUUUUCCCCAAGUAUUUUUUUUCAUUCAAAGAGGUGCAAGACUUUCCAAGACCUUUAAGCUAUCCAGUUCAGAUGUAGAAUGUAUUAGCUAAAGCAGAUUAUGUUAGCAGGACGUUUUAUAAAAGGCCAGAUUCUUAAUGUUGUACAGAAAAAGUGAAGCCAGCUUAUCCCUGUGUGAGAGAAAAAAACUCAGGAAAUGUCGGAAACCAAUGAAUUUUAGACGAAGGUGUGUACGAGAGAGAGUUCAGAACGGGUUUAGAGUAGAUAUGGUGAAGGGGCGAUCGAAAGGCCGAGGUGCCACAGUGAGACGAAAACUGUUAAAAAAAAAAAAAAAUUCAAAAAACGCCUUUUCAUUUCAGUGAGGUCUUAUCCAGAUAUUACAUUUGCCCUUUCAUAUCAUAAUACACUUUGUUUUUUCUAGGAUUGCUUUGUAAUAAUUUGUACAGUUUUGCAUGUUAUAGAUGUAAUCAUUUUCGGUUUUGUUGUUUUACUUUCGAAACGGUUUGGGCGGUUUUACUGAGGAUAACCCACUACAGGUGAUGUAGAUUCUCUUUUUGCACAAAGAUAUUUAAGGUGUAAGGUCAAAGGUCAAAAACAAAUGAUGUAUGAUGAACUGGCUGCCACACUGGCGUGGAAGACUCAUUAUAUUAACCCCACUCCGAUGUAUUUCAAUAAAGCGGAGGGCUGUUACAAGGC